CAGACUGGUCUCAGUGACACUGCUUCUCUGCCCGUGGACCAUGGAGGCUUAUCUGCGCGCUCUCUUUUUGCUGGGGACCCUGGCCCUGCCGGAGACCUGGGCAGGCUCUCACUCCCUGAGGUAUUUCUACACCGCCGUGGCCUCCCCCGAGCUCGCGGAGCCGCGGUUCCUCAUCGUGGGCUACGUGGACGAUCAGCAGUUCGUGCGCUUCGACAGUGCCCGCGCGAGUCCGAGGAUGGAGCCGCGGGCGGCAUGGAUAGAGCGGGUGCAGCAGGAGGAGCCGGGCUACUGGGACCAGGAGACGCGGAACAUGAAGGCGGUCACACAGACUUACCGAGUGAGCCUGCAGAACCUCCGCGGCUACUUCAACCAGAGCGAAGGCGGGGUCCACACCAUCCAGCACAUGUACGGCUGCGAGGUCUCCCCCGAGCUCACCUUCAAGCGCGGGUUUCUCCAAUACGCCUACGACGGGCGGGACUACAUCGCCCUGGACUCGGAGACCUCCACGUGGACGGCGGAGGUGCCGCAGGCUCUGAACACCAAGCGCAAGUGGGAGGCGGAAAAGAGCUACACGGAGGGACAGAAAGCCUACCUGGAGGAGACGUGCGUGCUGUGGCUGAAGAAGUACCUGGAGAUGGGGAAGGAGACGCUGAAGAGGACAGACCCGCCCUCCGCCCGAGUGACCCGCCACACUGGCCCCCACGGGGAGGUGACCCUGCGGUGCCGGGCCCAGGACUUCUACCCCGAGGACAUCUCCCUGACGUGGCUGAGGGAUGGGGAGGAGCAGCUCCAGGACGCGGAGUUCAUUGAGACCAGGCCGGCGGGGGAGGGGACCUUCCAGAAGUGGGCAGGUGUGGACGUGACCUCGGGCCAGGAAGGGAAAUAUACCUGCCGAGUUCAGCACGAGGGACUGCCUGAGCCCCUCACCCUGAAGUGGGAGCCAGAGUCCUCAUCCCCCUGGUUCAUCGUGGGGGGCAUUGCUGUCCUCCUCCUCCUCACUGCAGCCAUUGCUGGAGUUGUGAUCUGGAAGAAGAAUACUUCAGGUGGAAAAGGAGGGGACUAUGUUCCUGCUGCAGGCAAUGACAGUGCACAGGGGUCAGAUGUCUCCCUCACAGUCAAAGCUUGAGAGAAUUGCCUAGUGUGGACCUGAGGAAGAAAACAAGUCUCCAGUCCCUAUAUUGUUCCUGUGGACCCCUGGCUUCUCUCCCCAGCACUAGCCCCUGGUAUCCUCCUUGGACUCUACUGGCCCAAGCCAAUGUGGUCCUCACCCUGCUCUAAGACCUCUCUCCUCCUUUCUCUCUGCUUGUCUCACUCUGCAGAGACAACAGCAGUUAGAGCCAGAGGCUUUGGGAGUGAGCCCUACUUCACACAUGGUGCACUGACCUCUGGGAUCUUUGUGUGAUUGCAAAAACAGCCCUAUGAAUUAUUGCUCUUGAAAUUUCAGCUUUUCUGCGCAAUCUCAGCUAAGCUUCACUUUUGGGGGACAAGGUGACACUUCUGGCCACAUGACAGGAAAAUAAAAGAAAGUGUUGAGAUGUCUGGGAA